UAAAGUAUCUGUGAAUUCGAAUUAUGUUCCAAAUAUUUCGUGAUGGCGCUACAUACGCGUAUAUAUGGUAUAUAUUCGAUCUCAAUUCGACGUGUACGACGAUAGUAUUAGUCAGUUUAUUUGUUUAUUGUAAGAUUGCGGUUAAGAUGGUUACAGAUAAAAAUACGGAAAAUUAUGUAAUUAAAGUUAAUAAAUGGGAUGGUUCUGCUGUGAAAAAUGCGUUAGAUGAUGCAGUCAAAGAUAUUCUUAUAAAGAAGUAUAAUUACAUAGAGAACUUUGCUGUACUGGAUGGAAGAUUAGCCCUGUGUGGAGUUACUGUAAUAGUUGCAGUUGUUGCACUGCUGUCUGAUUAUUUGUAUCCAUUCCCAGCAUCUAAAUCUAUUUUAGUCUCUUGUGUAUGUUUGUAUUUCUUUCUGAUGUUUCUUUUGACAUUAUAUACAAUAUACAAAGAAAAGGGGAUAUUUGUUGUAGCUAUUCAAAGAGAUCCAGCAGGUUUCAACCCUGAUCUCGUGUGGGAGGCAAGCUCAUAUUUGAAGAAACAUGAUGACAAGUAUAAUCUUGUACUCUCUGUUAGAAGUACAUCCACAGGAAAUUUGAAUGAAACUAGUGUCACAAAAUCAGUUGCAAAUUUUAUCGAUGUCAACGGUGUCGUCAUUCCGGAAUUAAUGGAGAAUGUUGUAUCAAGCAUGCACGACAGUUUAACCAGUCAACGUAAAGAAAAAUAGCAUGAGAAAUGACAAUAAAAUUGAAAAAUUUGCUACUUCUUGAUAAUUGAUAAUUUGCUUUUUUUUAAAUAGUUCAUGUAUAAUUUAUAUCAGUGUAAAUAUAUUUCCAGAAUAAAAGACCCGAUAAUUUUAAAAGGGACGUAUUAUAAUUCACAUUAAAAUACAAUAAGGAAACAAACAAACUUUAAAAUACAAAUUUUCAGUAUUCAUUUGUAUUACUAUUAUAUCCAUUCUAGUUGAUAAUAUAAUUCAUUUUAACAAUAUCAGAUGAACAAAUAAUAAAUGAAAUGUCGUACAUGUAUACUUGAAUCAAUAAACAAAGAAAUAAAAUGAUAGAUACACAGUGUAUUAACGAAA